AUGGCAGUGUAUCUGAAUGAACAGAAGGUUUCCUCAUUACAGCAGGCUGCAACACUGGCUGAUGAGUUUGCCCUCAUCCAUAAAACCAGUGUCAUUAAGCAUGACCGACGCGACGCCUCAGUGAAGGUAGACUGGAGCAAAUUCAUUGCUGUGAAUGGAGCCACAGCACACCCUCAUACUGAGCCUGAUGGUACGACAUACAACAUGGGAAAUUCCUACACCUCGAAAGGAUCAUACUACAACAUUAUCCAAGUGCCACCAACCAAGAAAACAGAAGAUGAAACCCUGGAGGGAGCCACAGUGCUGUGCUCGAUUCCUUCAGUGGACAAGACCAAACCUUCAUACUAUCACAGCUUUGCAAUGUCUGAGAACUACGUGGUGUUCAUUGAACAGCCCAUCAAGCUGGACCUGCUGAAGAUUAUGACAGGCAAGCUACGAAGAAAAAGUAUCAGUGAUGGCUUAUUCUGGGACCCGAAACGCAACACAAUCUUCCAUCUGAUCCACAAACACACUGGGAAGGUAAGCUCCCUCAAGUAUCUUGCAAAGCCACUAUCAACCUUCCAUCAGAUCAAUGCAUAUGAGGAGGAUGGAUUCUUGAUCAUAGAUUUGUGUGCAUCAGAUAAUGGCCAGGCAAUCACAAGCUACAACAUCCAGAACAUGCGCAAGUCUGGAGAAGCGCUUGAUGAGGUGUGGGAACAUCCUGGUCAGUAUCCAUCUGAGCCGGUCUUUGUUCCCUCUCCUAAUGCUACAGAGGAGGAUGAUGGUGUCAUCAUGUCUGUGGUCAUCACUCCAGACGAGGACAAGAGUACAUUCCUUCUGGUGUUAGAUGCCAAGACAUUCGAGGAGCUGGGCAGGGCGGUGGUACCUGUCAACAUCCCCUAUGGCUUCCACGGGACAUUCAAUGCCACGGCUUAGACGUCUGAUGGAUGUACAUGUGACUUCACGGGGACACACCUACACU